CCAUGUGUUGAUGGCCGGUGUGAAUUUCAUUUCCUCAAACGAACGAAACUUCGUUUCAUUCACACUUCUGCGUUUCUCUCAACCAGUCACUUAUCAAACUUAUCCGAAUAUUCAAAAAUAGGAUAAAGUCAAGCAACAUAAGAUCUUAUCAACUGCUGCAACAAGGAAGAAUUCAAAGAUUUCGGUUCGUCCGAGUGUGGAGGAGAGAGAGAGCUGUUGGUUAUCUACUAGAUUAGAAUUUGAUAAGAUAUUUGUUCUCGCUUGUCGAAAAAAUGGUCGUCAGCACCACCACCAUGAAUCCACCCUUGAGUCCCUCCAAGAACGAUGGGGAGGCGAAAGAUGGGAACCGGAGGAAGAAAAUGUUUGUCGUCAAAAGAGACGGUCGCCAGGAGGAAGUUCACUUUGACAAGAUUACGUCUCGCAUCGAAAAACUGUGCUAUGGUCUGAACAUGGACUUUGUCGACGCUCCCGCCAUCACGCAGAAGGUCAUUAAUGGGCUCUACUCCGGUGUCACGACGGUCGAGUUGGAUAAUCUCGCGGCGGAAACGGCCGCCACGAUGACGACGAAACAUCCCGACUAUGCUCUGCUGGCGGCACGGAUUGCAAUUUCCAAUUUGCAUAAAGAGUCGAAAAAAUGCUUUUCUGACGUUAUGAAUGAUCUGUACCGCUUGGUCGAUAAGAAGAGUGGGAAGCACUUGCCCAUGAUUUCGGACCGUUGUAUGGCGAUCAUUAAGAAGAAUGCGGACCGGCUGAAUUCAUCAAUCGUGUACGAUCGAGAUUUUAACUACAACUACUUUGGAUUCAAGACCUUGGAGCGGUCUUACUUGCUCAGGAUUGAUAACAAAGUUGUCGAACGGCCGCAACACAUGUUGAUGAGAGUCGCCAUUGGAGUUCAUGAGGAAGAUAUCGACGCCGUGAUUGAAACUUACAAUUUGAUGAGUGAGAAGUGGUUUACUCACGCGUCGCCCACUCUGUUCAAUGCUGCCACAAAUCGUCCCCAGUUAUCCUCCUGCUUUCUUUUAACCAUGAAGGAUGACAGCAUCGAAGGGAUUUACGACACGUUGAAGCAAUGUGCCCUCAUUUCCAAGAGUGCGGGUGGGAUUGGACUGAAUGUUCAUUGCAUCAGGGCGACAGGAUCGUACAUUGGAGGAACGAAUGGAGUUUCUAACGGUCUUGUCCCCAUGUUGAGGGUGUACAAUAAUACGGCGCGGUAUGUUGAUCAGGGUGGAAAUAAGCGCCCUGGUGCAUUCGCAAUUUACUUGGAGCCUUGGCAUGCGGACAUUUUCGAAUUUUUGGAUCUCAAGAAGAACACGGGCAAGGAGGAAAAUCGAGCUCGUGAUUUGUUCUAUGCAAUGUGGAUUCCUGACCUCUUUAUGAGGAGGGUUGAAGCCGGUGAAGACUGGUGUUUGAUGUGCCCUACGGAGUCACCUGGAUUGUGUGAAGUUUAUGGAGAAGACUUUGAUGCGUUGUACAUGCAAUACGAAAGUGAAGGAAAAUUCAGGAAGAAGGUGGCAGCCCAGAAACUUUGGUAUGCCAUUGUCGAGUCACAAAUUGAAACCGGAACUCCCUACAUGCUGUACAAGGAUGCUUGCAACAUCAAAUCCAACCAGAAAAACUUGGGAACUAUUAAAUGCUCCAAUCUGUGCACUGAAAUUGUAGAAUAUUCUUCUCCUGAUGAGAUUGCUGUCUGCAACUUGGGCUCAAUUGCCGUCAACAUGUUUGUCAAACCGGAUAAAACUUUUGAUUUUGAAAAGCUCAAGUAUAUCACUAAAGUUUUGACCAAGAACUUGAACAAGAUCAUCGAGCUAAAUUAUUACCCUGUACCUGAGACUGAGCGAUCCAACAAGCGUCACCGUCCUAUUGGAAUUGGUGUUCAAGGUUUGGCUGAUGCUUUCAUUCUUAUGCGCUUUCCGUUUGACUCCCCAGAGGCGAAGAAAUUGAACGUUCAAAUUUUUGAGACACUUUACUACGGAAGUUUGGAGGCGAGUAUGGAAUUGGCCAAGACGCUUGGUCCUUACGAGACUUACGCAGGAUGUCCAGUCAGCAAAGGGAUUUUGCAGUAUGACAUGUGGGGUGUGACUCCGACCGAUUUAUGGGAUUGGGCUGCUUUAAAGGAAAAGAUUGCACAGCAUGGACUCCGAAAUUCUCUACUUUUGGCACCCAUGCCCACCGCUUCUACUGCUCAGAUUUUGGGCAACAAUGAAUCCAUUGAAGCUUACACUUCAAACAUUUACACGAGACGCGUAUUGUCUGGAGAAUUCCAGAUUGUGAACCCUCACCUCCUCAAAGAUCUGACUGAACGAGGUCUCUGGAAUCCUGACAUGAAGAAUCAACUCAUUGCUGCGAACGGAUCGGUGAAAGAUAUCGCAGAAAUCCCGGAUGACCUUAAGGCUUUGUAUAAAACCGUUUGGGAAAUUUCUCAACGAGACGUCAUUGACAUGGCAGCCGAUCGUGGAGCUUUCAUUGAUCAGUCACAAUCGCUGAAUCUUCACAUUGCAGCACCCAGUUUCGCCAAGUUGACAUCAAUGCAUUUCUACGCAUGGAAAAAGGGUCUCAAGACUGGAAUGUACUACUUGCGUACUAAACCAGCCGCAAAUGCUAUUCAAUUCACCGUGGACAAAACCAAGCUCAAGUCCAAGGAGGAAGAAGUUGAAGGAAUGGUGUGCUCUCUCCAGAACAAGGACGAAUGCUUAAUGUGCAGUGCUUAAAAAGCAACUAAACCAUAAAUUUCUCAUCCUACUACUUUGUAUUACUUUUUAAGUACGGAGGUUUUUGUGCCUUAUCAAUAAUUCAUUAGAUUUUACUUUAUUUCUUUCUCACACAACACAAUUAAGAGUUCGUUCGCACGAUUCUUGUCGUGCUUCAUAUCUAACUUUUUAUAAUAUUACAGACAACCAAGGUGUUGUAGCAUCUCUUUAAUUUCUCCAUCUCGUCGUCAAUCAAAUGAACCAAAUUAGUCUGCUUUAUGCAUUUACGUUACCUGUUCAAGUGUGAUGCUGAUCUGCGUUAUAUUUAUGAUUUGAUAUUUAAGAAUUUUUCUCAUGUAUGUAUUUCAACCAAGGAAUAUUUAUGAUUUACAAUAAACUUGACUAGUAAUAAAACACAAAUCUGAAAAUGCA